UUGACAUUAUAUGCACAGAAUAUGCAGAAGAUUUGUGAACUGAUACUAUCAAGCAGUCACGCUGGCAAACCUAUGACUAGCAAGACAUGCAAACGGAAAAGAAAACCACGAAGGUUCUGGGUAAGGCGGGGCAGAACGCAAGUUUGGUGGAAUAACUUCAAGGAAAAUGUGAUGGUGAAAGAAGAAUGGAGGGAAAACUUCAGAAUGUCCAGAGAGACAUUCACUGAACUUUGCGAUGAAUUAAGGCCAUAUAUUCAAAAGCAGAGGACACACUUAAGAGAAUCUAAUGAUGUGGAAACCCAAGUUGCUAUGACUCUUUAUUACAUGUCAGAUAAAGGGCGGUACAGGAAGGUAGCAAAUUCGUUUGGAGUAGCUAGAUCUACUGUUUCAAUGGUGAUACGCAGAGUAACCAAGGCUAUAUCACAGCAUCUUGGAUCAAAAUAUAUCAAAUUGCCAGUUACUCAAGCAGAAGUUGAACACCAUACCAAAAAAUUUCUCAAAAACCACGGAUUUCCACAAUGCAUUGGAGCAGUGGACGGAACUCACAUUGAAAUCAAUCAGCCGAAUGACAACUAUACAGAUUUUUUAAACCGCAAGGGUAGAUACUCAUUCAAUGUUCAGGCUGUCUGCAAUUAUCAAUAUCUCUUCAUAGAUGUUGUCAUUCAGUGGCCUGGCUCAGUCCAUGAUGCAAGAGUUUUUGGAAAUUCCAGCAUAAGUCAUUGUCUUCGCUCAGGGAAAAUACCAACCCAAGAAAAGGAAAUUGUUCCAGAUUCCAAGAAAGUACCAGUUUGCCUAAUAGGUGAUGCAGCUUACCCGAUACUGCCUUUCUUAAUGAAAGAAUUCCCAUCUGGUGCGAAAACAGUCCAUGAGCAAUUUUUUAGCUAUCGAUUGUCAUCAGCACGGAUGACAAUUGAAUGUGCAUUUGGCAGAUUGAAAGGACGGUUCAGUGCAUUAAGGAGGCCAUUAGAUAUCAAGUUGGAAUCAGUCCCCUAUUUUAUUCAUGCUUGCUUCAUAUUACAUAAUAUAUGUGAACUGAAGAAUGAGCCCAUUCCUGAAAGUUUGGUUCAAAGGUCAAAGGAGGUUGAUAAAAAUGCUCAGCCUCCUUUUACAACACAUAGAAACAACAAUAGUGCUGUGGAAACUGAUGGGAAAAAAAUAAGAGACAUUUUUGUUAAGUAUUUUGACUAAUGAUAUCAUGCUAACAAACAAUUAUAAGUUUGAGCUUUAACAUGAAACUUCAACACUGUCUAAUAUUUUUGCUUAUAAGUUGACAUAAGUGAUUUCAUCAUCAGAUUCUUCAAAAUCUGCAAUAUGUGUUCUUCUUACUUCCUGAUACGGUCUUUGGUUGGCACUUUUAAUCUGAUCCAGAACGCCUUGGCUACCACCUUGUGCAGGGGUGUAUUGCACUUGUUGCAGCUGGUUGAAGGCUGGCUGAGGUAUAUAGUGUGGCUGACUUAGUGCUGCAGUUAGGGCAUUUGUGAGAUUGACAAGAGAAUUUGUUCAAAUAUUCAUUUGUGCUGCAUUAGAUUGAUUUAUUUCCUUCAUCUCCGCAAGCAUUUGCUUUUUAAAAGACAUGUCAUCUUUAGCCAACUGCAGCAUUUGCUUCUCAUGCGAUAAGGGCUUUCUCAAUUUCGAAUUUCGAGUCUCUUUCAAAUGUUCAAUCAUACUCCUCUUAGGCAAGGGUUCUUGUCCAAAUCAAAUCCGUUACUACUUUGGGAACAUUUAAUAUCACCAUCAUUCCCUGUAGUAUUGUUGCCAGAUGGUUGAUCGUUGAUGGGGGACGAUGAAUCGAACGAGCUUGUGUCUAUACCCCCAACAACUGAUUCGGCUGCUGGGCUUUCACAACAAAGUCCUUCACUUUUGGCGUCUUUUGGAUAUCGUUCGAGAAAGAUUUCUCCAAUUUCGGUGUACUUCGUCUUGAUACACUCCCAAUCAAAUCCUUGACCAGCCUUGUCGGCCUUAUAAUGAAGUAUUACUUCAAGCAGAAGUUGUAUCUCCUCAUCGCUCCAACUAAACAAACUAUUCUUCUCUUCUGGAGAUACGCCUUUUCUUUCUGGAGGCAUGUCGAUGAUGAAUAUAUUACCAGCUUACUGAUGACGGAUGAACGCAGGAAAACUUUGUAGAAUUUAAUAAAUCGAGAAUGUUAAGUCGGCUUUGGCGCCGCUUGGAAUUUGUUAUGUUAGCACUUUUGAAAUGGCCUCACUUUGGAUAAAAAGCUAGCCUCUAUGAGAAUCUGGUAUGAAAUCGUACCGUUUUCAGGUGUUUACACUAAAACGUUUCGUACCGUUUUCAUUUCGUUCCGGCAUAGUGUAAAGGGAGCCUUAGUAACCUCUAGUGACUACAAUCGGGCAGCAUUUCUACUACUACUCUGACUACCAGGGCCACAUAAAUUUGAGUGCGGCAACAGGACUCAGAAUUAGAGAAGCGUAGCAGUGUCUGUCUGACAGAAAAAAGAAAGACGUUCCGCUUGGUUUUCUAUUUACGCACUCAAAAUUUUGUGGCUCUGAUACCUAGGAAAUUUCUAUGCAGUUUUUUAAGAUCUGAAAUUACUUGUUUGGUAACCAAAAAGUGACCAAUUGUUUGAAGUGCUAGUAAUUAGGAGGGGCACAGAAAGAGAGGAAAAGAUAUCCUACGUAAGGGGCACUCCCCCGAAGCUCUUAACCUCUUUGUUGGAGAUAUUUGCCUCUGGUGCUCUUCCCUCCCUUGUAACAAGGCUUUGGAAUAUAUUAUUGAAACUUACCGU